GUCAGACUGCCGGGCUGCUCAGACUUGUCUUACUCAGCAACCGUUUGCAUUUUGCGCACACACUGAAGUGUCGGCGAGCUCCAUCAGAUCCAGAGAAGGUUUCACUUUGAGCCGGCAACCAUGGCCAACCAAAUGGACAUCUUAGCAAAGGUUUUGGAGGAAUCGGCCAGGAUAGUGGAGGAGAAGGUGGAUGCAGAGCUGAGCAAACUGAAUGAAAUGGAUGAAGAUGAUUUGGAAAGACUGAAGGAGAAGCGGUUAGAGGCGCUUAAAAAAGCCCAGAAACAGAAGCAGGAGUGGUUGUCUAAAGGCCAUGGGGAGUACAGAGAAAUCGCAAGUGAGAAAGACUUUUUCGGCGAGGUCAAAGAAAGCAAGAAUGUUGUCUGCCACUUCUACAGAAGUUCCACCUUCAGAUGUCAGAUCAUCGACAAACACUUGACCAUCUUGGCAAAGAAGCAUGUUGAGACCAAGUUCAUCAAACUGAAUGUGGAGAAGGCCCCGUUUCUGUCUGAGAAGCUGCGGGUCAAGAUCAUUCCGACGCUGGCCCUGCUGAUCGAUGGAAAAACAAAGGACUAUGUGGUCGGGUUCGCUGACCUGGGAAACACGGAUGAGUUUUCAACAGAGAUGCUUGAAUGGAGACUCGGCUGUGCAGAUGUUAUUAACUACAGCGGUAACAUCCUGGAGCCUCCGACAAUGACACAGAAGUCGGGCACAAAGAUCACGAAGGUGGAGAAGAAAACCAUCCGAGGGCGAACUUACGACUCCGAUUCUGAUUCCGAAGACGAUUGAAAUGCUCCUACAUUUGUCUGGUUUUCUCUCCCAGGGCUAAAUUCAGCAGGCAGCCCACUCUAGAUUUUUCUCCCCCCUUUCUGUCAGUGACUUGUCCAUGCAUUCAAGAUUUUUUUUAUAGAAAUAAGGAUGUAUCCCGAUACCCGAGGAAAUGCCAGCGAUGCAAACAAACGUUGGGCAAACAAAACACAAAGCUGCAGAAAUGGUGUUUUCUGCAGGUUACCAUAGUGAUGCCAUCUGGUUUCUAACAAAAGAACCGAGGAGUGUAUCUGUAAGGAACCGAACUGAUGAGCCGUAACGAUACAAUCCAAAGACAGUCACUAUUUCUAAAAUUAUUUUGAUUUUUAGCCUUAUUAAAUUGUUUGUCAUUUUGCCGUGCACUUCAAGAACAAAGAACCGUGUGUAGAGGAUACCGUGUUUCACUGAACCAUUCGACCAAUCAUCUCAACUAGCUCAUCUUUGACUAAAACCGUGAACCUCUGAGUGAUGGGUGUGCUACUUUAGAUGGUUGUUCGUCUUGUGUUCCUUAUCAAUUCUCAUUAAAACAUCUUUUAGCAUUUAAAUGAGUUACUUGUAGCAAGAGUUUGACUUAAUAAACAAAAUGUAAACAUGA